AUGGCCCAGCCGCCGCCCGAUGUCGGCGAGGAUGACUGCCUUCCGGAGUACCGCCACCUCUUCUGCCCCGACCUGCUCCGGGACAAAGUCGCCUUCAUCACAGGCGGUGGCUCCGGGAUCGGAUUCCGGAUUGCUGAGAUUUUUAUGAGGCACGGCUGCCACACGGUCAUUGCCAGCAGAAGUUUUCCGAGAGUAUCGAUGGCUGCCAGAAAGCUGGCUGCAGCCACUGGCCAGCGUUGCCUCCCUCUAUCCUUGGACGUCAGAGAUCCCCCAGCCAUCAUGGCUGCCGUGGACCAGGCACUGAAGGAGUUUGGAAAAAUCGACAUUCUCAUAAACUGUGCAGCCGGGAACUUCCUGUGCCCGGCCAGCUCGUUGUCCUUCAAUGCCUUCAAGACUGUGAUGGACAUCGAUACCUUGGGCACAUUCAACGUGUCUCACGUGCUCUACAAGAAGUUCUUCCGGGAGCAUGGAGGAGUAAUCGUGAACAUCACCGCAACCCUGGGUACCAGGGGGCAGGUGCUUCAAGUGCACGCAGGCUCUGCCAAGGCGGCCGUGGAUGCAAUGACGCGGCACUUGGCUGUGGAGUGGGGUCCCCAGAACAUCCGAGUCAACAGCCUUGCCCCCGGCCCUAUCAGUGGCACGGAGGGGCUCCGGCGGCUAGGUGGUCCCCACUUCAGCAAGGCCCUGCCCGGCACCCCCCUCCAGAGGCUGGGGAACAAGACGGAGAUCGCCCACAGCGUGCUCUACCUGGCCAGCCCGUUGGCCUCCUACGUGACGGGGGCAUUGCUGGUGGUUGACGGCGGGGCAUGGCUGACGCUCCCUAAUGACAUGAAGUUGCUGGCGGAUUUUGCAUCCUUCUCCGCUAAACUCUAG